AUAUGCAAGGAAUCCCCUCUGGUAAAUCUCUGGCAAACCAUAUCUUAACCUCGAGGCCAAGCAGAGGCAAACAUUCCUACUGUUUUUAAGAGUUAGCUGUAAUUUGGGCGGGAAGUUGGGUACCAAAAUUCGUGGUUAGAUUGCAAAAAUGGUCAAGUUAACCGAGGAAAGAGUUCUUACGAGUUCUAGAGCCUCUUCACUGAGAAGUGUAAAGAAUCUAAACUGCUGGGGGAGUGACCUUGAUGAUGUAUCAAUCCUUCGACAAUUACCAAAUCUUGAAGUUUUAAGUCUAAGCGUCAAUCAAAUUUCAACCCUGAAUGACUUGAAAUAUUGUCCAAAACUAAAAGAAAUAUAUCUUCGCAAGAAUAAUUUAUCUGACAUCAGUGAGCUAAUAUAUUUAAAACACCUGCCUCAGCUGAAAGUUUUAUGGCUAUCAGAAAAUCCAUGCACUGAUGUAAAAUGUUAUAGAUCCACAGUUAUCAGAAAUAUACCCAACCUUACAAAACUAGACAAUCAAGAAAUAGAUGAAAAUGAGAGAGAUCUUGCUGAAAAGGAAGGUGAAGAGCUUGAAGUUUGUCCAUCUGACUUACCUGAUUUUAGUGGAAUAGAUCUAUCCUUGACACUGCAAGAAGAUGAUCUUGCUAGAUUUUUGAAAACAAGUACGUUUGAUGGAAGCAUUUCAGGCAAGAUAGAUGAUACAGUAUCUAGCAGUAGAAAAGUCGACCUUGUAACUAUAAAUGAAAAACGAGCAAAACUUGGUUUAAAGCCCCUUGGUAUCGAGUAUGAUAGCACACAACACACCAAGGCUGAUGUGAAGUUAACAGGAUCAACGACAACGCAUUCUCCUAAUAAAAGCUCAAGAGUUCUAUCUGCUGUCAAAAUGUUACUUGAAGAACUUAGCGCUGGCGAAUUGCAAGAGGUUGUAAAUCACGCUGAAGAGCUUUUACAUUCAAUGGAUUCACCGGAAGAAAAAGAAGCUCUGCUCAACUAGGUUGUGAGUUAUAUGACCCUUUUUACAUAUCAACACUUAAAGACAAAUUGUUUUGAAAUGUGCUUCAUUUAGUUUUUAUUUAACGACGCUCGAUGUUACUCGGAGAAUUUCUCGGUUGCCAGGGUAUGCAAAAUUUGUUAUGUUUGGCAUUGCCGGAUUCCUCUGUGGAGGCAGCAGAUGGUACUAUGCAGAGACGAGCCUCUUUCCCAUAGCUGUUGAAUUGACAGCCUGAACCUUUCAAAGAGUGCUGGUUCUUGAACGGUAGGAGUGUAAAGACAAUGUGGUGGCAGUGACAUGCGGAAAUCAAGCACGGCGUCAUCGCAUUUUCUAGUUUUCUCGCGUACCAAUCAGAGCUUCUGAAUGCGCCUCGUUUUCAUCCCAAGUCCUAAUUUCAGCUAGACCCUCAAUCUGAAACUGGUAGUUCUGCCGGCAACUAAAUGCGUGGUACUGUAGCUUUGGUACUUUUUCUAAGAACGUGGAAGUCCUGCCCGUCUUUGCUACGUACCGCUAAUUAUAAGAAGUAAGAAAUUGUAAUCUGUCAUAAGCAAUUCUCUUUCGUACUACAAAAUUUUAGAUAGCACAAAAUCUUUGUGUAUAAUACUUAUGUUCUUUAAGUUAUUGUAUUUUGCUUAUCAGCUUUACUAACGGCCAUUUCAGCAAGCUCAACUCUGUUGUCGUGUGUGUUAAUAGUUCAACCUGUCCUCUAUAAUAAUAUUUUAUAGGGUCUUUAAAUUUUCAUUAACUGUUGUAUAUAAUUUUCAUUUAAAAUAACCCAUGUUGUAAAAGAAUUGUGAAGAGCUAUGAUUUUAAGUAUCCUAAAUUUUUAAUUUGAUAAAAUAUUAAACCUCUUUCUUAAGUAAAACAAUUCAGUGGUGUAA